AUGGCGAUUGAAAUUAAUGAAAAAUAUAAUUUUUUGAGAAAUAUUCGAGAAUCGAAUGAUCAAACGAAGCUUUUUUGGAUCGUCGAAGAUAUUUACGAAAGAAAGCAGGUUUGUCUCAAAGGACUUGUAAAUGCCAAAGAUGCGGAAGAAGAAUUCAAAAUCAUGAAAACUCUCGAUCACCGGAACAUUUUAAAAGUUUUUGAAGGAUUUUCGUUCAGCAACGAAGAUAUUCGCUAUUUCGCGAUCACGAUGGAAUUCAUGACCGCUGGUGAUCUUGGCUCGUUCAUCGAAAGAAAAGCGGAAAAUCCCGAAAAUUGGGCUGAAAAUCAAGCUCUUCAGAUAAUUUGCCAGUUUGUGAAUGGAAUAAGCUACAUUCAUUCGAAAGAAAUUCUGCACAGAGAUAUUAAACCUUCAAAUGUUUUUAUCGGAGAGAGAAUGAGGGUGGUUGUGGGCGAUUUCGAUGACGAGGCAGUUGCGUCCGGUAUGACGACAACGAAUCUUCUUGAAAUCGUCGGAACUGAAUAUUAUCUGCCUCCAGAGGUGAUUAAUAGAAACAAGGGCGAUCAGCUGACUUUUGCGAGGGAUAUUUGGGCGAUGGGGGUGGUUAUUUACCAAACUGCUUAUUUGACUCAUCCUUUUUUGGACAAAAACGAAGAACAUAUCAAAACUCUUUUCAAUAUUUAUGAAGCGAAUCAACAUGAACCAGAAACUAUUUUUUCUCGAUGCCAGGACUUGAUUGAUGUUUGUCUGAGAAAAGACCAGCUUCAACGAGUUGAAAAUGCCUCUUUACUCGCCAAAAAUGCAAGAAUCAGUGGUCUUAUCGAACAAUUGGAAUUCGGGGUCGAUCAGGAAACGCUUGAAUACUCGGAAGAAGCAGUUGAUGUUGUGAGGCGAAUAAAUCAGCAUUAA